AUGACGGAUACUCCCAUCAAUGGUAUAUUUGUGACCGACGGCGUCCGUGUCACUGCAGGUGGAUACUUGGACUUUCAGCAGUAUUUUAAGUCGGACCACAGGGGACUCUGGAUCGACAUUGACCUGGAAGCGACUCUGGGGGCUCCACCGGUGACCUUUCCUUCCUUCCAACCACGUCGGUUGACACUGGCUGAUGGUCGGUCGGUGGACCGCUAUAUUAAGGCUGCAGAAGCGGGCUACCGGCAUUUCCGCCUUCCCCAACGCUUGACCCAAUUAGCGGAGGAUAUUUCGGUCCAGGACGCUUACCUUACGGCGAAUCAGCAAGAUCGAUUCAACACCAUUCAUCGCCAGGCCUAUGAGAUCCGCCAAAAGGCUGAGCGUAACUGCCGGAAACUCUCGAUGG